AUGAUCCCCCUAAUAACCCUCGAGGAACACUACUCCUCCCGGAAAAUCACCCAAUCAACCCCCGAGACAAGCGCUCUAUACGCAACAUUUCCACCCCACCUCAACGCCAAACUCGAAAAUCUCGAUGACGAGCGUGUGAACGAUCUCGACAAAGGGAAUGUAGCUGUGCAGGUUAUAUCCCACGGGCCAGGCGAUUUCCCACCUCCCCUCUGUAUAACAGCGAAUGAUGAUCUCGCGACUGCUGUUUCGAAACAUCCGACGAGGUUAGCUGGGUUCGCGAUGUUGCCUAUGGCUGAGCCGGUUGCUGCUGCGGAGGAGUUGGAAAGGUGUGUGAGACAGCUAGGGUUCGUGGGCGCGUUGGUGGAGAAUCAUCUCAACGGGCAAUUUUACGAUGAUGAGCGGUUCUGGUGUGUUUUUGCGAAAGCGGAGGAGUUGGAUGUGCCGAUUUAUAUCCACCCCACGUUCGCAGCAGAGGACAUGAUGGAGCAUUAUAAAGGGAACUAUCCCGACUCCGUUGCGAUGGCGCUGAGUGCCUUUGGCUGGUCAUGGCAUACAGAGACAGGAUUGCAUAUUCUGCGCCUCUUCGCGAGUGGCGUGUUUGAUCGAUUUCCGAAAUUGAAAAUCAUCAUCGGACAUAUGGGUGAGAUGUUACCGUUUCAAAUUGACCGGAUCUAUGCAGUUUCCGAGCGAUGGGGGAAGAAGCGUGGGUUGAGGGAGGUGUGGAGGGAGAAUAUCUGGAUUACGACGAGUGGGAUGUUUUCGCUGGCGCCGUUGGCGUGUCUCUUGCAGACGACGAGCGUCGAGCAUGUCCUGUAUAGCGUCGACUAUCCGUUUUCGACAAACGAGAGGGGAUUGCAGUUUUUCAGGGAGAUUGAGGAGAGUGGGCUGAUUCAGGGGAGGGAGUUGGAGUUGUUUGCGUAUAAGAAUGCGGAGAAUCUGCUUGGUCUUAAAGCAGAAUGA